UAUUGUUUUUACCGAAGAUCGGGGUGUAGGCUUUUUAUAAUUUCUGCUAAGAGCUUCUUAAUUUAAGAUGCUAUGUUUAAAGGCAAUUUUCAAAUUAUUCAGAUAAUAAAAAAAUUGCACUAAUUAAAUAUGGUUUCUUCUUCAAAUGAUUGGGCAUCUCUAAGAAAUGCUGGUAAUAAUUAUUUUAAAGAUGGUCGUUACAAUGAAGCUGUAGAAAGUUACACUCAAGCAAUUUUGUUUUGCGAUGUUCAAUCUGAGCGAUGUAUUUUACAUAAAAAUCGUAGUGUAUGUUAUCUAAAAUUAGAGAAAUAUCAAAAUGCAUGUGAGGAUGCAGAUAUUGUAUUGGAAACUCAACCAAAUGAUGUCAAAGCACUAUUUAGAAGAUGUCAAGCCUAUGAAGCAAUUGGAAAGUUGGAGUUAGCAUACAAAGAUAUUAAAAGACUGAUACAGUUAGAACCAAAAAAUACCGCUAUUCAAGAUACAUAUCGCAGGCUUACCAUCCAAGCUCAAGAAAAAGUUAAUAAGAGUAAAUCAACAGUGGGUAUGAUAGAGGAGAUGUUGGUGUGUUUGUCCAAUUGCACUGAAACAGCAGAAAGGAAAAACCAAGCCAUCAGCAAUCUAGUUAUCUACGCCCAUAAACCUGGACCAUCUGAUAUUCUUUUUAAAGGUUUUUUUCAACAACUAAUACCAUUGCUAUCUAAUAAUGCAGAACAUGCUUCAGGUCUUAUGAAAAUAUGUCACGGAUUUUGUGAAAAAAAAUUUAUGCGAUCUGUCGAAGUCAUGCAGAUUUUUCCAUUAGAAAAAUUUAAAGAGAUUUUAGUUUCUUUUAAUGAUACCAAUUUAGUAAUAACAACACUUUCUGUCAUCAUUGCUGCUCUUGAAGCCGUGGUUACACACUUUAAAGAUUUAAAUAAGUUAAAACCAGAAGAUGAACACAAAUAUCAAUUAAUUCAUGAAAAUAAUAUUCUUAUGCGUAAGGUAUUAGAAGAUCAUCCAUUGUACAUUAAACUGUUAAAUUUUUUAGUUAGUUUACUUGGCCUUACAACAAUUUCUGAAUCUGGAAGAGAUGCCGUAAUUGAUGCAUUUGUAAAAUCUAUUGAACUUCACAAAGCAAUCAGUGAUUUUAUUUUAGAGAAUAAAGGUAUAAAAAAGAUGCUUGAUUUAGCAGCCUUAAGUUACUUUCCGAUGACUAAAUCUGCGUGUAAACUACCGGUGAGUAAAAACAUGUACAUUCACGUUUCUGUUGUUUUGUCUCAUUUAUGGGAAAAGAUACAGCAUUUUGAAAAAGACCGUGAAAUGUUUGAUAACCAAGCUGAAACUGUUGUCAAUCAACUGCUAGAUUCUUCUGAUAACAUUUCAAACUUGCAAGGGUUGAUAGUUUUAUCUACUGUAAUGAUGGCUUCAAGAAAUUCCGGCCAAGCAAUUGUUGUGAAGAACAAUUGCAUUGAUAAAGUUCUAGUAUUAGCUUGUAUAGAAGAUGAACUAUCUAAACUAUUAUCUGCUGAAGCAUUAGCGUAUUCAGCUUCUGAUAAAGCCGUUUGUAACGCAAUAGUAAAUUCUGGAAUAGACAUUGUUCAAUCUCUGUAUCAUAGCUCGAACAAAAUAUUAUGUGUACGCGGCCUAGUGAUAUUAUGUAAGGUUGCAAUGAAGGGAGGUGGUAAUAUUAAAGAACAGUUGUUAGUUGAUGGAGGCGCACAAAAACUUUAUAAGACAUGCAGAGGUUUUCUGGUAAAUGUUAAUAAUGAUUUAGAACUUAAAAAAUGGGCUUGCGAAGGAUUGGCUUAUCUUUCUUUUGAUGCAGAAGUGAAAGAAAUACUUGUACGUGAUAUUGAAGCACUUAACUCAAUGCUAGACCUAGCCAAAUCCGAGGACUCUACUAUCACUUAUGGUAUAUGCAAUGCUCUUGUUAACCUAACAAAUGCAUUUGAUAAACCUGAGAAAAAUCCUGAGCUGGAACAACUUGCUAAAUUUGCAAAGCAGCCAAUUCCUGAAGUUCAUGAAAAAGAUAGCGAUGAAUUUGUUCAAAAGCGAAUACGCGUGUUAUUAGACAACGGUAUAGUUUCAGCGUUGGUUAAUUUAAACGAUGUAAAUAGUGAACGAACUAAAGAAAUGAUGUCUCGAAUUUUUUGCGCAGUUGUUGAGGAACCUGUAAAUAGAGGAAAAGUUAUUGCACAAGGCGGUGUUAAAACCCUUCUUUCACUUGCACUUAAAGGAACAGAAAAAGGAAUGGAUUGCGCAUCUCAAGCUUUAGCUAAAAUUGGUAUUACGAACGAUCCGCGUUUAGCAUUUUCAGGUCAGCGUUGUAUGGAAGUAGUUCGCCCAUUAAUAAAACUCAUACAUUUUAAAAAAUCACCUUUGUUACGUUUUGAGGGACUAAUGGCAUUAACUAAUCUUGCUUCCAUGAAUGAUGAUGUCCGUAAGCGUAUUAUGAAAGAAAAAGGUUUUUAUGAGAUCGAAUCUUUAAUGUUCGACGAAGACGACCAGUUAAAAUGUGCUGCUGUUCAGUGUAUGUGUAAUUUAGUUCUUAAUCAAGACGCGUUUAAUAUGUUUAAAGACACAAGUUCCGUUACGGAGCGUUUAAAAUUAAUUGUUUUAUAUUGUGGAGAAGACCCUCCAGAACUAUCAAAAGCUGCUGCUGGCACUCUAGCCGUUUUAACAUCAGAUCCUGAGAUCUGUAAAAUGGUUGUAGCUGUAAAAUCUCAUUUAGAUAUACUAAAGUAUCUUGUAACGAAUGAAUCACCUGAAUUCCGUCAUCGUGGUUUGUUUAUCGUUGCAAACAUGUUGGAAAGCUCAAAAGAAAUAGCUAUGCCACUUGUCGAGGACGAAUUAUUUGAUGUAUUACUUGCUUUAAAAGUUUCUGGAGGAAACGAAAAAGUACAAUUAGAAUUAGAGAGAUGUUUUUCUGCUGCUAAACACUGGAAAAUAAUUACUAAAAAUCCAUCUAUUUAGUCAAUCGAUCUUUAAAAAGUAGAAAUUUAAAAAGUCGUAA